AUGCACUUAUAUCGCCAGGAGCCGGGUCUACUAUCCGACGCAACACUUGCGAGGUUCGUAGAGGACGGCGACUUCCUGUUCAAUUCAGCAGAGGUCCUCUUCAGCUUGCUACUCGAUGCUGCAAGUCGCUGCGAAAGGAAUAUUGUGUGUAUUCUCGAUGCUUUGGACGAGUGCUCCAAUUUCAAACUACUCGCCAACACCCUAACGGACUCCUUCGCUGGGGACGGGGGACCCUCCAAUCUCAAGUUCAUCCUCACGAGCAGGCCCUACGAAUCAAUUCGAAACGCCUUGGCGACAUUGCCUAAGAUCCACCUAAGUGGCGAAAGUGAAGAGGAAGUCGAUCAGAUAGCCGAAGAGAUCGGUGUAGUUAUCGAGCAACGGAUACGACAGCUUGCCACUCUACGCCGCCUUACCGAUUCCCAAGAGCAAUCCCUUCGGAGCGUCUUGCGUGGCACGCAACAACGGACAUACCUUUGGGUCCACUUGAUCUUCGAGAGCCUGGAAGAAGCCAAUAUCCUGAAUCGGCAUUCUCUAACAGAAGCUAUCCAGACUUUGCCCCUAUCGGUCGAGGAAGCGUACGACAAGAUCUUGUCAAAGAGUCGGAAUACCAAGCAUGUCACAAAAGUGCUACAACUCGUUGUGGCCGCCGCUAGACCGCUGCAUUUGAAAGAGGUUGCAGUCGCUCUGACUCUUGAUAGCCAGAAGCAUCGCACCUAUGCAAAUCUUAUGGCAGACGUUACCGACACGGCCGAGCUACAAAAUGAGAUACGAGACUUAUGUGGCCUCUUCGUUGUAAUCAUCGACGGACGUCUGUAUCUGUUGCAUCAGACCGCCAGAGAGUUCCUUGUUGACAAAGACCAGCGCAUGACACCACACUUGCGCUGGCAGUCUUCAAUCGAUGUCAACAUCGCAAACGCAGUGCUUGCAGGCAUCUGCAUGCGGUUCCUGCUGCUACUCCAACUCAAGAUCCCGGACGAACCAGACGACAAACUUCUUGCAAAGACAUUUCAGGAGCAUGACUUCCUUGAGUACGCCGUAACGUAUUGGCCAGAGCAUUACCGGCAGGCGGAGGCCCAAGCUGCAGCGGAGCUGGACUUUUUGGCACAAAGACUCUGCUCGGAGGAAAUAUGGUGGUUGAACAUUUAUCUAACAAUUGAGGAUGCCACCCAGGUCCCGCGCAUGCCGCUGGAGAUUGCCGGCCACCUAGGUCUAACCUCCCUCAUUCAACCGUUUCUGCAGCUGCUCAAAUCGGAUGCCGCGGAUGCCUGGCUGGAUCCUUCAGUUGGCUGGUGGGACACUGGUUACACGUUGCCGAUCGCAAGCAGGCACGGCCACACUGCCUUUGUCGACACUCUCCUGAAGUCGGAUGCGUUCCAAUCUGUUCGCUCCUGGCGACCCAUCCUGAAUCCGUUUCACUCGAGGCAUAUUCACGGCACUUUGGGUAGAGCAUUGCUGUUAGCGGCCAGCCAUGGCCACUACCGCGUUGUUGAAUUGCUUCUCCAGGCAGGUGCAAAUGCCAAGUACACAGCUUAUGAUGGAGGGCCUUCGCCUCUGUCGCAAGCGGCCCGACGGGGCGCUGAUGAUGUCGUCGGGCUGUUGAUCAAGUACGGUGCAAGGUCUGGCAUUGAGCCCAGUCAUUUGCUACAAAACGGCACCAGUUGUUUCAACCCCCUGACCAAGGCUGCUUUCGACGGCGACUGUACACAGGUACAGCUUUUGCUUGAAGAAGCCCACGCCAUCGAUGCUAUCGACGCAGCUGGCGAUACAGCUCUGCUCCGGGCCACCAAGCAAGGACAUUGUGAUGCGGUGGUAUUGUUACUAGAUCACAACGCAGCGGUUGAUGCGGCUGAUCCAGACGGACGGACAUCACUUCUUUGCGCAGUGGAAGCUCGAAAUGAGACCAUCAUCCGUCUGCUGCUCGAAAGGGGCGCCGACAUCAGCGCGAGGCUUCGGGUAGCAUUUUAUGGAGAGCACCAUCUCACCAUUCUCGACCGGGCUAUACGACUCGGCAAAGGGGAAAUUGUAGAGCUUUUACUGCGCCAAAGCCCUCGGUCGGAAACUUUCGAGCGAUGCCGGGACUCGGCCUUCUGGGCCAUACAAAGCACCGAAAUGGCUGAACUCUUGCUCAAGUACGGCACUUCGCCCGAUUUGAAGAACCCUUCCGGAAUUCCGCUCCUUGCCCAUUUCGCUGGAUUGGGCCAUAGAGACAUUGUGCAAGCACUGCUUGACCACAGUGCACGGAUCGAUGUGCAGGAAGACACGCCGCCCGUCAUAAUUGGGGAUCGCUUUCCAAGCUUUUAUUGCAUGCCUCUCGCUGUGGCUGCAUCCAAAGCCCACAUGGAAGUCAUGAGACUUUUGAUCGACCGCGGGGCACGGCUUGACGCUGGUGACAGCAAGGGGCAUACGCCGCUGAUGUGCGCUGCGAGCGGCGGACACACUGACGCAUCAAAGCUCUUGCUUGAUCACGGUGCCCAGGUGGAAGCGCGUGACAAACUUGGCUGUACUGCUUUUCUUUACGCCGUCAACUUUGCCCUUGGUGGAACCAGGAGCUGGGAAUGUGGAGAGAUCCUGCUGAGGGUCUUGCUGGGCCGCGGUGCGCGGGUCGAUACUGCCAACAAUAACGGCCACGCUGCCCUGCAUUCCGCCGCGACGCGUGAUGGGGGAGGUGCAGUGGUCCGGUUCUUGCUCUCUCACGGAGCGCCGGUCGAUAUGCCUGACAAGAAGGGAACAACACCCCUGAUGCUGGCCGCCUUCCAUGGCGAAGUCAACGCCCUCGAACUUCUUCUGGCCGCCGGAGCACAGGCGGCUAUGACGGACUCGGACGGGCACACUGCCCUCUGGUGGGUGUACCAGAGCAGGUGGAUCACCGACGCCGCCCAGAUCUUGAGAGCAGCAGGUGCAGCGGAGCCCAUCUCGGUGAAACACAGGCUUCGCAGAUACUUUCAUGAUCCAUACAAGUGAGCUGAAAGUUGUCCCUGGCAGGUGCUUGUGCAGCACGCACAACCUAGGGGAAGAGAGGAGACACAGGAAAGCUUCAGGAAGACUGGAGGAAGCCAAAAUGGGCGAUUUACGGCAGAGUAGGCACUCACGAGGGAGAACGUCCCUCGGGCCCUGUCAAUGCAGGGCCAUUCACCUAUGGCUUCAACACUAGAAUCACUUUAUCUCACCUUCUCAGGCAUUUACUUGAUUUCUUGUUAAGGAACAAUUGGCAACCGUCUGGAUGGGCAGAUGUCGUCGUUAGCCUUUUGAUGCAGGUUGAGUUUGUAGAGCAAUAAUAGAUAUCCUUUUCUGACUCGAGAC